AUGCGUCGGGCCGGCAAUCGGGCGGCCGACCCGGUCCGGCCGCGCCAUCUUGCAAUCCCGAACAAGGAUUGUUUGAGGUGGCGACACGGACGGCCCGGGCUGCAAUAUCAUUGGCUUCCAAUAUUCAUUCUCUGUCUCUACCCUGUUGCAAGUACCGAGGCCGUAGUCGGCCCUGUCAACGCCGUCCCUGAUUCUCCGUAUUUCGUCGGGCAAUGCAGCCUGUACUGCCCCAUUAAAUGGCCGCCGCAGCCUGCCGAGACGGCCAUGUACCCGCGAGUGUAUUUUACCUCAGCCCAGCUCCGCUACGGAGUUCGGACUACCCCUUUCGACUUCAAUCCGUCUGAAGUCAGGGCAGCAGAAGUUAAACCGACUAGGGACCUGGCCAUGGACAAUGCCGCGAGGCGGCCUAUUGCGGCCAUGGCUAUCAUCCACCUUCAGUUUCGGCAACUUCUGCACUCGGCCCAUACAGACGCCCUGGGCGAGUUAUAUAUAUUUGACGAGGUCCAGUGGCCCACUGAUUGGAAGGACAUAUUUAUAGUCAACCUUAACCUGUCCAAGCUCCAGCUUGUGCCAGAUGUUAAAAAAAUCGACAAGGUCAAUUUAAAGAGACAAUUCGGCGGCCUUCCCAUUUCGUUGCCAGCGCCAGACCAGAUUGUCAAGACGGCAACAGACGGAGCCAACACUGUUGCCGACGGGGCCAAGGGCGCGGCGGAGACGGUAGCCAAUGCCGGCAUCGAUCUCGCCAACACGGUUACUGGCGCAGCCACCGGCCUAGCCAACGGAGCGGUAGACGCUCUGCGGAAGCAGCUCGGGAUCAAAGACUACUACGCCGUCACUAUCACAUCGCUCUGCCAGGGCAACGUGGAAAACGACCAACCCACAGAUGUGACGUGCUCCAAGCCUUUCACGGCAGACGCAGUCCAAAACCUCGUGGAUAGUAUUGGCAAGCUCCCACAACCGAUUGUCGACCUCUUGCCAAUGGAUAAAUUGAAACAGGUCCCGAAAGUUCUCAGCGUAGGGGGAGGGUUUUUCGUGGUCAUGGCCGGGAUGUUCCUCCUCUCUGCCGUGCUGUUCGUCUCGACACCGCACCUCAGGAAUGACGAUGUUCGCAGAAUUGUUUCGGCGGUCAACAAAUUCAUCCUGGGGCUUUUACUUGCGUUCAAUAUUGCCAUGAACGGAUUGCUCGGGUAUUUCAGCUUUAUUAUCACUCAGAAGAUCAAUGACAAAGGAGAUCAAAUCCACGUCACCACGAAAGCCAACUAUGUCCUAUGGUCCCUCACGUUCGUCGUGCUGGUCUUGAACUUUAUCUCCUUCGGCAUGGCGUUUCGUCGCUCCGACCAAGUCAGGCCCGGAUCAGGCGGCACCGAAAACGGGCUGGUUGGUUCAAAGUCCGAGACGGACACUUAG